AGCAGGUAGUCAGUUCUACCCCACAUCUCAUCGCGUCAACUACUCGCGUUCUCGCUCUCUCCUCGACAAAAUGAAGGCCGUCAUUCUCGUAUGUCUCGUGGGCGUGGCCAUGUGCGCCCCUCAGCUGCAGCAGAGGGUGGAGCUCAUUGAGGAGCCUCUGGACACCCCCGAUCCCUACGCCUUCAGCCUGAACAUCGCCGACGACGAGACGACCAACUACCACACCCGCAGCGAGACCCAGGACGAGAACGGCGUUGUGCGAGGCAGCUUCUCCUACGUCGCCCCCAACGGCGUCCGCUACAUCACCACCUACAGCGCCGACCCCAUCAAUGGCUACCAGGCCAACACCGUCGAGGAGCAGACCAACAUCGUCAUCGUGACCUCCAGGCCCUUCGUCGAGGCUCAGGCCCAGACCGGCGUGCGCUUCUAAACAACCCAAUUCUGUGCUGCUUUUCUUCGAGUAAUUCAUCUUCUUCUGUACCGCUUCCCGUCGAUAAUUUCAUCCUCCUUUUCAUUUCAUCAUCAUGUCCUUCCAAGUGAAUUUCUGAAAUAGAUACUUUUUUUAUUUCUUUGUUUCUCUCUCUCUCUCUCUUUAUCAUUAUUCCUUUUUUUGCGCAUUUUCUUUUUUCUAGUUAGAAACAGGAAAACCACGUUCCUUUUUUUUUAUUUCUUUUUAUUUGUUUUUCUUUCUUCCGUGCCAUAUUGCAACGACUGCCUUAUUUUAGGGAGCUAUUACACAUCCAUUUAUUUCCUUAAGCAUGAGCUAGUUGGAAAAAAAAAGUCGCUCUGUCUCCCGUAAAAAAAUUUGCCUGAUGUAUAUAGUGUACAUAGACAGCUUGUGACGUCAUAACUGAUUCUUCCAAAGCGCAGUUGCUUACUCUUAUUUUUUUUCUUUUCUUUUUGGCUUGAGUAAUGAAAUCUUUCGCUGUUGAUGUCAUUUAGUUAACUGCAUAUAUUUUUUGCCUAUUUGAUUUUCUUCCUGCUGUUAUUACAUCUUUUAUCAUUAACAGUGUUACUAUUGUCAUAAUUUCUUUGGGUUUUCAUUGAUAUUAUCAUCAGUAUGCAAUAAUGAUUAUUUGGUUUAUUAUCAUCAUCAAUAUUUCUAUAAUUUUGAUACCAUGAACGUUAUCAAAUAGAUUUUUUUCAGGAACCUUAGGCAUUAAUUAUAUGAUUGAUAUUAUUAGAUAAACUGAUCAUUUAUCAUUAUUAUUAUUAUUGAAGUUAUUAUUUUGGCCACUUAUUAUUGCAAUUCCUAUGAUUUAUAUCUUUAUUAUUAUUAUCGUCAUAAUAGUUAAAAUACCUAUUGUCUUUUGUUAUCGUUAGUUAUAUUAUUAUUUCCGCCGCUAUGUUCACAAUCAUCAUUAUUUUCCCACAUCAUUUAGUCUCUUCAUCCCUACUACCUCUUUCAUGUUCUAUUUUAUUUGUUAGUUUUUCCUACUAAAGUUGCCUUGUUCUUUGCGCAUAUGAGACAAGCGUGUAUACUACUGUCUCAUGGGUUUGUUUAUGUUGCCAGCCUGAAAUUCAUGUUGAGUUAGUACAAAUAUACUACGGACUGCA